AUGUCUCUUGGCCAGAAGCAAGCGAUCCUGGCACAGAUGGCGGGCCUGCUCAAGGCCCUCCAGGACUAUCCACUUCCCGUGAGUGUUAAAGGCUGGGGAGGUGUAACGUUUGAUGACAGCGGUGCCAUAGUCGGCGCGCCCAUGCCAAGCGUUGAGCGUGUUGAGGCUUUCCUUGAGCGCGGUCUAGUGGUACAAUUUUCUGGCUUGGAGUCGAAGCAAGAGAGGAGUGUUGUAUAUGUAGAUUUUACUACAGAUAAUAUACUGUACGACCCUGUGAUAGGCUGUAUAAUAGCACUUUUUGAUUAUGAUUUUGCCAGCAUCCUAUACCUUGUGUAUGAAUUCUUCCGCUCUUUCUCUACCACUGGCGGGUCCGAUAGCACGGGGGUUGACUGGGAAGUCGCGCAGGCAUGGGAGGAUGAGCUGCGAAAACAGGACGCAAAGCGACCUAGCUCUAUUCAAGGAGUCGAAAAGAUUGCAGAUAUUAACGAACUUUUGGGAUGUCUAAAAUCCUGGACAUUAACUAAUCAAGAUUAUUUGAGACUGAAUCCAGAGGAAGAUCACAAGUGGAACGUAAGACGCAGGAGCGAAAAACAGCUCAUAGGCUUACUGGAUCAUAUGGGAUUUUAG